AUGUCAGCAACAGAAGAAUUAGAAGUUGUUGAAGUAACAAAAUUAAAUGCUAUUGCAGCAGGUACAAAUAAAAAAGUACCAAGAAUUGUUGCAGCAGGAUUAGGUGGUAGAUUAAUGGGUACAGCAGAUUUAGUUAAAGUAACAGCAGAAGAAAUUACAAAAGAUUCAAUGGAAUCAUUAGCUGAAAAAGAUGAAAGAGAAAAACAAAAAUAUGCUAAAGUAAAACAUAUUUCUGAAGAACCUUGGACUUUUGAUAAUUUUAUGGCUAAAAUUAAUUGGCUUAAUGCUAUAUUAGUUGUUGCUUUUCCAAUAUUUGGUAUAUAUAGUGCUAUAUUAACACCACCUCAAUUAAAAACAUUAAUAUUAGCUGGUAUAUUAUAUGCAUUUAGUGGAUUAUCUAUUACAGCAGGUUAUCAUAGAUUAUAUUCUCAUAAAGCUUAUGAUGCUGCUUUACCUGUUAGAAUGUUUUUUGCAUUUUUUGGUGCUGGAGCAAUAGAAGGUUCAAUUAAAUGGUGGGGUCAUAGUCAUAGAGUUCAUCAUAGAUAUACUGAUACUCCAAGAGAUCCAUAUGAUGCAAGAAGAGGAUUUUGGUAUUCUCAUAUGGGUUGGAUGUUAAGUAAAGCAAAUCCAAAAAAUAGAGCAAGAGCUGAUAUAAGUGAUUUAACAGCAGAUCCAGUAGUUACUUUUCAACAUAGACAUUAUUUAAUUUUAAUGUUAUUUUCUGCUUUUAUUUUCCCUACAUUAGUUGCAGGAUUUUUUUGGAAUGAUUAUUGGGGUGGUUUUAUUUAUGCUGGUGUUUUAAAGUCUUUUUUCAUUCAACAAGUUACAUUUUGUGUUAAUUCAUUGGCUCAUUGGAUAGGUGUUCAACCAUUUGAUGAUAGAAGAACUCCAAGAGAUCAUGUAUUAACAGCAUUUGUUACAUUUGGAGAAGGUUAUCAUAAUUUUCAUCAUGAAUUUCCAAGUGAUUAUAGAAAUGCUUUAAAAUGGUAUCAAUAUGAUCCAACAAAAAUGACUAUAUGGUGUUUAUCAAAAUUAGGAUUAGCUUGGAAUUUAAAAAAAUUUUCUCAAAAUGCUAUUGAACAAGGUUUAUUACAACAACAACAAAAAAAAAUAGAUAGAAUGAGACAAAAAUUACAAUGGGGUUUAAAAGUUGAUGAAUUACCUGUUUGGACAAGAGAAGAAUUUAAUCAAAGAGCUAAAAAUGAAGGUUUAAUUAUAAUAAGUGGUAUAAUACAUAAUUGUAAAUCAUUUAUAAAAGAACAUCCAGGUGGUCAAGCUUUAAUAAGAGCUUCAUUAGGUAAAGAUGCAACAAAUGCUUUUAGUGGCGCAGUAUAUGCUCAUUCAAAUGCUGCUCACAAUCUUUUAGCAACUAUGAGAGUUGCUGUAGUAAAAGAUGUUGCUCAUAAUGCAAAUACUUUUGAUGUUCAAGAAGAAUUUAUGGAAAAAGAAAAACAAAAUUGA